CUCUUGGGAGGUUUCCAUAUCCUCAGAUUCAGAAAAACCAGGGAUCUUUAAUGCCUCUCCAGCUUCUGCAGUGCAUUGUUGAUGAGGAUUCGCCCGUCCUUCCGGUUGGAGAGUUCUCCGAGCCAUUUGUACAUUUCAUCACUCAGUGCAUGCGAAAACAGCCAAAAGAAAGGCCAGCACCUGAGGAAUUGAUGGGCCACCCGUUCAUCAUGCAGUUCAAUGACGGAAACGCCACCGUGGUGUCCAUGUGGGUGUGCAGGACGCUGGAGGAGCGUCGGAGUCAGCAGGGGCCCCCAUGAGGCCUCAGCGGGGUGCUGCAAGCCCAGGACUGCUCACCAAGGGGAAUGGCCCCCUGUUGCCCAUCUCUGCGUUUGCUACCUGCACCAGAAGAGCUUUGCUGGCCCGGGCUUCCCUGCUCCUGCCUUUGAUUCAGUGGCAGAUGGCCUUGCCUAGGGACCUGCAAGGGUGGCCAGCCCCUGAUGGGCAAUCCCUCACCCCCUCUGGUCUGGAAGCACUGACUCCGGCAGUGGGGGAAAGGGGUGGGGCAGUGAGAAUGGAGGCUCUUGUGGCCCCUGCCCCUGUUCUGUUUUCCUAUCAUUUCUGUUUAAAGGGUCAGGCCCUGUCAGCAUACUGAUGGGAAUAAAAGUAUUACUGCUUUGUGACUGCC